ACCGUAACUAAAUCAAAUUGGCAAUUUCAUAUUCUGCUGAUUCUAUGUGCUCAUUUUCAAUGCAAACUUAUCUUUGAGAUUUUGACUGACGUCAUAUUUAGUGUUUUCUAGCCUUCAGGGAAAGCUUUUAAAGAUGACGAUCUAUAACCUGUACAUAUUUGAUCGGUUUGGGACCUGUUUAUUUUACCAGGAAUGGAACAGAUCCAAGCAGUCGGGAAUGUCAAAAGAUGAGGAGUAUAAGCUGAUGUAUGGUCUAAUAUUUUCUAUCAAGUCCUUUAUCAGCAGAAUAUCACCGAUGGAUUUCAAAGAUGGCUUUCUAAACUACUGUACUAACAGCUACAAGCUUCACUUCUUCGAGACGCCGAGCGGGCUCAAGUUCAUUCUCAACUCAAGCCUGAAUGUUGGACCUAUGAGAGAAAUCCUCCAACAUUUAUAUAGUGCAAUCUAUGUAGACCUGAUCGUUAGGAAUCCAUUAUGCCCACUCAACAAACCCAUUGAGAGCAUGCUAUUCAAGACCAAGCUGGAUGCGUAUAUACGAGGCUUGCCCGCGUUCACUGCGGACAUUGAAUGAACUCCGACCGCUGAAGGAGGUCAGUCGCCUUGUGAACUGUUAUCUGAAGAGCGUUUCAUCAACAUUUGUCAUCUGACAGACAAGUUGUUAGAUCUGACAACUUUCCUUUAUUUUGACUGGCUGACUGAGAAGCACUGCUACUAUGGUAAUUGUAGGAUGAAUCAAGACUUGUCACGAAAAAACUUCCGACAAGUUCUUUCCUGAAACCCUUUUUAAGAUGUAGACUCAACAUUCCAAAUGUACAUCGUACCAGGACGAUCUAUCAUGAAGACUGUUGAAGAGGUGGACUCAGGAUUGUGGCUCACAUUCACUUGGUCUACAACCAGUUGGUCUACUCCUAAGAUAAUCUUAUUUCUCAUGGGCUAAACCCACUUGGUCUACUAUCAAAUUGAUCUUAUUGCUGUUUGGUUUAAUAUCCACUUACCGUAGUCUUAUUCCCUCAUCUGACCAUUUAUGAACUAAGUAAUUUUAGAAGAAGUGAACAAUAUACAAAUUGGGUAUAGCCUUACUGGAAAUUGGAAUAGGCAAAAUGGCAAAUUUUAGAUAAAAUGGUUAAUUGAUGAACUGGUUGUAGACGAACUAGGAUUAGACCAAGUAGGAUGGGAUCAAAUGGAAUGUAGACGAGGCGGAUGAAGACCAAUCGGCAAUUUACCUUGUCAGAUCGGGAUGUAGACUCAACAUUCCAAGUGUAUAUUGGACCAGUACCAGGGAAGUCAGUCAUGUUAGACUACUUAAGGGGUGGUCAGCUUAGCUACCAUGGAGCCAUUCCCUUGCAAUUUCAAUUACAUUUAAUAGCUACUGAAAUCCAGAGGAAAUUUUCAUUAAGCGAUAUGUCAGGGAUUUCACCAACACUGUUAAAAGCUACUGAAAUCCAGGGGCCCGUUUAAUAAAGAGUUACAACUGUUGUAACUCUGCCAUUAUGGCAACUACCAUGGCAACAGGGCUCAGCAGCCAAUCAAAAUCAAGGUUACCAAGGUAGUUGCCAUAAUGGCAAAGUUACAACAGUUGUAAGUCUUAAUGAAACUGGCCCAGGAGAACUUUUCAUGAGAGUUAUUUUUUCAUUAUUUAAUCUAAAUGAUAAGUUAGCGAAUUCAAGGGAAUUUUAAAACAAAUAAAUGUUAUCAAAAAAAUAUAUUAAAAGGACAUUAAUCACUAAACUCCUUAAAUGGGUAACAAAAUACAGAAUGAUUGAAGAAAAUGAAUAUAUUUAUAGAUACAAUUAAUCAUAUCAUGGAAUAUUGAAUUUCUUGAGUACAUGUACAUGGUUUUACCAUAUAUGGUGGUAAACCUAUGAUUGAUAUCACCUGUAAAAUCAAUUGUAUCUUUUUUGUUUAACGAGAGAGUACAGAUGGGAUAUUUCAUUCAUUAUUUUAAAUUCAGGUAUAUUUACGGUUAAACUUCUGAAAGGAAAUAAAAGUAUUUAGAAAGACUAAGAUUAAUUUUUCGUUUCUUUCUAAAUCAAGGAAUUCUUUGUGCUUGUAUUUGAACGACCUCAUUUCGCAGCUUCCUUUAAAUAUGAAGAAAUAAAAGUGCAAUUUUUUUUUUUUUUACAAUCUUUUUAGGCAGGUUUAUAGCUCACUGCAUACCUAACAAUUAAUCUGCAAGCUAAUUAGGGAAUAUAAUUUAUUAUACUUGUUGCAAUGCAGAUUGGAGAAGACCAACAUGAAAUUCUUGUUACAUAUUUUUAAAGCAUUUUUAUAUUGUAAUAAUCAUAAAUACAUUUACAUGUACAUAUAUUGUGCUAUUGUGGUUAGAAAUCUUCUCUCCCACUUUACUAAAGACAGUUCAGGGGCAAGUUCCAGAAAGGGUUGCAUUAAUAUGCAAUUCAAGAAAUCAAGCGCAGGUCCUCAAUAUGCAUGUUUCAUUGGUUGAAAUCAAGUUGCGAUUUAUUUAUUUUUAGUUGGGUUUGACCGCGUCUCUUUCUGCAACAGGCCUCAGGUAACACAAAGGUUUGCAAUUAAUCGUAAUGCUUGAUUUUCAAGAUUAAAGUGAUUGGUUAACAUUGGUUUGACUUUUAAAAAAUCUGAGCUAGAAGGUCACACUUGUCACCUGUGUCUGUAAUAUGUUACAAAAUUGAAGCCCAGAAAAAAUUGCGUUCGAAAAUAAUUUAGUGCUUCAAAAAUUUAAAUAUAAAGUGACCGAAAACACCAUCUUAAUUUCAUCCCAUACACUUAUGUGUACUAUUUAGGCGUCUAUAAGACGCCUAUUUACAAAAUCGGGGUUUGCCUUGUAGUUUUAGCUUUUCAUUCUCAAUAAUGGUUGUUUUCAGGGUUUAUUAGUUCUAAUACAUGCACUUGUACACAUGUUUCAUCUUGGUUUGAGAAUUUUUUUAAUCGGCUGCUCACAAAGUUAAACAAUACCUUUAAUUGUACAUUGUAGUCAAUGCAAUCAAUGUAGAAAAAUGUUCUACAUCAUUGCUAAGCUUUGUGUUACAGGCCCCAAAGUGAUUUCUCCCAAUUUAUUUUGUUAUUUUGUUCUUAUUAUUGAUAUGAUUUACACACAAAGAUUUUCAUAUUUGAUAUCACUUAUCAGAUUGUAGAGUACAGCUCAAAACUGAAAAAUAUUCAAGUUGUUCCAUCAUAUAUAUAGAUGUAAAUAAUAAAGAUAAUGUGUAUGAUA